AUGCACUUUGGCAACACGAAGUUCAAGAAGGUUCGGAGAGAGGAGCAAGCAGUCAGUGAGGACAAGGCCUCCUACCUGAUUUGGAUCAAUUCAGAUGCCCUCACCAAAGGUCUGCUGCACCCUCGGGUCAAAGUGUGUAACAAGUACGUCAUCAAGGACUCUACACAGCCCUGCCAAGACAGCCGGAUCAACAAGAGCCUCUACACGGCCCUGCCAAGACAGUCGGAUCAACAUGAGACUCUACACAGCCCUGCCAAGACAGUCGGAUCAACAAGAGCCUCUACACGGCCUUGCCAAGACAGCCGGAUCAACAAGAGCCUCUACACGGCCUUGCCAAGACAGUCGGAUCAACAAGAGCCUCUACACGGCCCUGCCAAGACAGCCGGAUCAACAAGAGCCUCUACACGGCCCUGCCAAGACAGCCGGAUCAACAAGAGCCUCUACACAGCCCUGCCAAGACAGCCGGAUCAACAAGAGCCUCUACACGGCCCUGCCAAGACAGUCGGAUCAACAAGAGCCUCUACACGGCCCUGCCAAGACAGCCGGAUCAACAAGAGCCUCUACACAGCCCUGCCAAGACAGCCGGAUCAACAAGAGCCUCUACACGGCCCUGCCAAGACAGCCGGAUCAACAAGAGCCUCUACACAGCCCUGCCAAGACAGCCGGAUCAACAAGAGCCUCUACACGGCCCUGCCAAGACAGCCGGAUCAACAAGAGCCUCUACACAGCCCUGCCAAGACAGUCGGAUCAACAAGAGCCUCUACCAAGACAGUCGGAUCAACAAGAGCCUCUACCAAGACAGUCGGAUCAACAAGAGCCUCUACCAAGACAGUCGGAUCAACAAGAGCUUCUACACGGCCUUGCCAAGACAGCCGGAUCAACAAGAGCCUCUACACGGCCUUGCCAAGACAGCCGGAUCAACAAGAGCCUCUACCAAGACAGUUCUUCGUCUGUCUAUUGAACAUUGAAGGGUUCCUGAUCUUCGAGGUUCAACAACUUUGAGCAGCUGUGCAUCGACUUCCCCAACGAGAAACGACAACAGUAUUUGAACCACCACAUGUUCAUCCUGGAGCAGGAGGAGUAUAAGAGGGAGGGUAUUGACCUUCAUCGAUUUUGGCUUGGAUCUACAAACCUGUAUCAACCUCAUAGAGAAGGUAUGUGUCUGUUGUUUCAGCCAUUCAAAUAAGGGGCUAGAGCAGAGGGACCGGUACAUUUUGCCUGUGAAGAGUUAUUUGAUUUCUGUGUGAUUUACUCUCGCUUUGUUUCCUGCAGUCCAUGGGCAUACAGUAUACUGCCUCUCGUUUGUUUCCUGCAGUCCAUGGGCAUACAGUAUACUGCCUCUCGUUUGUUUCCUGCAGUCCAUGGGCAUACAGUAUACUGCCUCUCGUUUGUUUCCUGCAGUCCAUGGGCAUACAGUAUACUGCCUCUCGUUUGUUUUCUGCAGUCCAUGGGCAUACAGUAUACUGCCUCUCGUUUGUUUCCUGCAGUCCAUGGGCAUACAGUAUACUGCCUCUCGUUUGUUUCCUGCAGUCCAUGGGCAUACAGUAUACUGCCUCUCGUUUGUUUCCUGCAGUCCAUGGGCAUACAGUAUACUGCCUCUCGUUUGUUUCCUGCAGUCCAUGGGCAUACAGUAUACUGCCUCUCGUUUGUUUCCUGCAGUCCAUGGGCAUACAGUAUACUGUCCAUCCUGGAGGAAGAAUGCAUGUUUCCAAAGGCCACUGAUGUCAGCUUUAACACCAGGCUGUAUGACAACCACGUGGGCAAGUCUCCCAACUUCAUCAAGCCACGGCUCUGACAAGAAACGUAAAUACGAGAGCCACUCCGAGCUGGUGCACUACGCUGGAGUGGUUAAGUGCUCCAGUCUGUUUAUUUGAAACAUUUUGAUCCUUUUUUAACAGCUAAUACAUGUCGUCUUCAUGACACCUGAUAUUAAUCCAUGUUAAAGGUAUUAUUUCUCACCAUUGACCCAUCCUCUCCCGUCACCCAUCUCCAGGUCCUGUACAACAUCAGAGGGUGGCUGGACAAAAACCAGAGACCCCUUAGAUGAGACAAUAGUCACCUGCUUACAGGGAUCAGUUAAUAAACGGUUAGCAUGCCUUUUUAGAGAACUUCAUCAGUAGCGAUGCAGCUAUUGACGGUGACACAACUUUACAUUUUCACAUAUUUUAAAGUGAAACUACACUAAAUAGGGAAAUGAAGUCAUCGUGAUCUACAGUUUGACUGUUCAGCUGCUGAUUCAAAAGACAGGGGCCAAAGAGAAGAGGAAGAGAGGGGCUUCCUUCCAGACCGUGUCACAGCUUCACACGAGAAGAGGAAGAGAGGGGCUUCCUUCCAGACCGUGUCACAGCUUCACACGAGAAGAGGAAGAGAGGGGCUUCCUUCCAGACCGUGUCACAGCUUCACAAGAGAAGAGGAAGAGAGGGGCUUCCUUCCAGACCGUGUCACAGCUUCACACGAGAAGAGGAAGAGAGGGGCUUCCUUCCAGACCGUGUCACAGCUUCACAA